AUGGAGGCUGAGAUAGAGAGGCUUAAAGGGCUGGUGGAGGAGCUGAAACUGGAAAAUGAGCAGCUUAAAAAUAAAAGCCAAAGGCAAAAAAUCCAAGAAAUGAGCCAAGAAGUCCAUGAUGAUAACCCUUAUUCAAGACUUAUGGCAUUAAAAAGAAUGGGAGUAGUAGAAAAUUAUACAGAAAUUAGGAAUUUUACUGUUCUUAUUGUAGGACUUGGAGGGAUUGGCUCAGUUGCUGCAGAAAUGCUUACUAGAUGCGGUAUUGGGAAAUUAAUAUUAUAUUUCUAUAUCUAAAUAUCUCUUUUUUAUAUGCUAAAUCUCACAGUUUUUGGUAAAAAAUAACUAAUUUUUUAUUAAUAAUUUUUAAAAAAACUGUAAAAAUAAUUAUAUUUGAUUAUGACAAAGUAGAGCUCGCCAAUAUGAAUCGGCUUUUUUUCCGCCCUGACCAAGCCGGCCUUAGCAAAGUUGAAGCUGCCAAACAGACUUUAUUAGAAAUAAACCCAGACGUCGAAAUUGACGCAUUUUCUUACAAUAUCUGUACCAUGGACAACUAUGACCAUUUCAUCCAACAAAUUUCUACAGGCGGUAAGAAUGGAGAAGCAGUAAAUCUUGUAUUGGCUUGUGUCGAUAACUAUGCAGCAAGGAUUACAAUGAAUCGGGCAUGCGGAGAUUUAAACCAAGUCUGGAUGGAGUCAGGGGUUUCUGAAGACGCUAUGUCAGGGCAUAUCCAAACUAUCCUCAAUCUCUAUAAAUAAUUUUUCAAAAAAAAUUAUCAAUAAAUAUAAAAUAUUUAAAACUAUUUUGUAUAUAUACCCAGGAGAAACAGCUUGUUUUGAAUGUGCGCCUCCUUAUGUAGUAGCCUCUGGUGGCGAUGAGCACGAAAUCAAAAGAGAAGGCGUCUGCGCUGCUUCUUUGCCUACCACUAUGGGAGUCGUUGCAGGCUUAUUGAUCCAGAACACACUGAAAUAUUUGUUAAGAUUCGGAAAUGUCACUUAUUAUUUAGGAUAUUCCUCAAAAACUGACUAUUUCCCGAACUAUAUGAUGUCGCCUAACCCUGAAUGCCCUUUCCGAAGAUGUGUAGAGAUGCAGAAGGUUUAUAAUGAAAAUCCAGAAAAAAAAAGGGUAAAACCAGAAAAUACAGAGGCUGAAGAGCAGAAAAUUGAGCAUGAUGAAAAUGAGUGGGGAAUCACAAUAGAUGCAGGGGGAGAAGAAGAAAAUAAACAGGAAGAAAAUGUAGUUAAAGUAGAGAACAAGACAGAAAGCUUAGAAGAUAUGAGGAAAAGACUGAAAGAAAUGCAGAAAAAGAGCUAA